AUGCGUUGGUCACAAGCAAUGAACGCAAACGCACUGCGGGCGUACUUUGGGGUAAAAGGGGAAGAAACUGGAUGUUUGGCGUAUCGGGCUAGGAUGCAUCGUCUUUUUGCUAAGCUGGAGCCAUCUUUAACCGUCACAGAGCAAAACCUGGCAGACCGAGUUCGGUAUAUAUUGCGCUCAAAUAUAUUUGAUGUCGCCGAACUCGAACGGCUACGACGUGAGGCUGUUCCCUCAUCGGAUGAAAAUGCUACGGCUGAGGAUUCGGCGCCACAAAUUGUAGAGCAACCCGCAAAUGGAUGCCGCUGUGAAUACCCCAGUUGUGGUUGA